AUGCAUUACGUCUACUACGCCUCGCUAUAUACCGUCUGGACCCUGAUGCCCGUUGGUAUCCCGGACCGGAAGUGGUGGGCCGAGAUGGCCGCAUUCCUGGAGGAGUGUCUCCUGAUUAUCCAGCUGGGGGGCGAUGACCGGUUUAAGAUCAAGAAGGUCAAUCCUGUUGUGGAUGAGGGGUAUGAGACUGGGGAUGGAAGUGAUUGUGGGGGUGGAUUUCGGGGUUGUCGUGAUGGUGAGGGAGGUCAUGUUGAUGCUGAUGCCGAUGCCGAUGCUGACGAUGAGGAGGAGGAGGAGGUGAGAGAGAAUAAUAUGGAAGGUCAGGAUCAAGGACAUACCCCGGAGAUCGUGAGUUGGGACCGUAGGGAUGCAGGUGGAAAGGUGGAAAGUAGUGAGGAGCGUCUACGUCUGGAUUCGCAUGGACAUGGACACCGGGACUCUCAAUAUCGGGCUUGGGCGGUCAAAAUCCUGCUCAAAUACGGUACUACCUUUCAUUGGGAUGAUGAGAAUGGGGAACCGACUUUCGACGACGUGCGAUAUCAGCUGUGGCAGAAGAUUUGCCAUGAUCUUCGUGAGAUUGAUCUUAAGCUAGGUGGUCGUGUCUACACGAAGCCUGCUCUUGGGUUUCGUUGA